CCACACACCACAACACACGCGCCAUGUCCCGCCGCCCGUCCACCGCGUCGUCGGACACGACGCGCACGCAGAUGACGGCGUCGUUAUUCUCGCGCGCGGACGCCGACGGCGUGCCCGACGAAUCAUUAGUCUCGUACCUCGUCAUCCACGAGCCCGAGCCCGGCGGAGUCAAGACGCGUUAUCUCAUGCUUGCGGUCACCAAAGACCGCCGAUACCUCAUCCACAAGGGCAAGCGCAACUCCAACGGCACCUUCUCCAAGGGCAAGACAUGGAGUUUCGACGACAUGCGCGCCCUCGAACGCGUCGGGCCCGCCGAGUUCUCCCUCACAAUGACGGUGCGCCGGUACGUGUGGAAGACGGACCGCGACGACGACAUGGCGGCCUUCCUCUCCAGUCUGGUGUUCGCGUCGCGCAAUACCCAGCGCACGCAAAACCUCGCCAUCAUCAACUUUGUGCCCUCCGAGUCGCCGCGCACCCAGCGGUCGCCGCUGCCGCAGGUCGGGCGGCUCCCCGCCGGUUCAGCGUCGCAAUCGUCGCUGAGCCGGGAUCCGGCGCUCGCGCCACCCCGACCAGGCCGCAACGACCGCGCAGGCAGCUUCAGCUCGAUGGCGUCGUCCGUCCCGUCCGCGGGAGGCGGAGGCGAGCCUCACGGCCGCUCGCCAGUCAACGCGGACACGUUCGGGAGGAGAACAUACGGCGAGGGCAAUAUCGGUAUCGGGCGGCCGCCCAUCGCGCGCCAGGGCAGCAGCGAUCGCAGCCUCAGGCCAGACGUGACCAAGCCCUCGCCGACGCUGAGCACGACGAGUCUACGAACCCCGCGCCGGCCGUCCGCGACCGUUCCAGAUGUGCCGCCGAUUGUGGAGCCGCCGCAUGAUGCCUACGGCGGUGAGGUGGGCGAGGAGGUGCUCAUCCCGCCUGUGGGCCGGGGUCCGCCACCCGCUGCGCCGCCGCCUGCUGCUGCUCCUGCCGCCGCACCACCGCGGCCGGCGCUGCGCGUGGUCAACCCAACGCUGAGCCCGUCGCCUGAUGCCUCGCCGCGGGCCGCGCCUGCGCCGGUUCUUUCGCCUGUGGUUGCCAAGUCGCCUGCUGCGCCGACUCCGGUGCCCGCCAAGCCCGCCGCUACGCCGUCGCUGGCGCCUACGCCCAAGGCCCCGGCGAGGACACGUACGCCUGACUCGACGGCGUCGGCGGAUGGCGCUGGCGCGCCGAAGCGUCGCGUAUCAUUUGUCGCGCAGCCUCUGACGACGGCGUACUCGCGCGACGUGUUGCUCACCUCGCGCACCGGGUUGACCGGCACUGACGCCGUGAUUGGUGACGAGGCAGAGGAUGCGGGCGACGCCAUCAUGGCUAAUGUCGAGGAGAUGAUCAAGGACUUUGACUGGACGGCGUCGGCAUCGGCAGUCAAUCCUGACGGCACACGCGCCAAGGGUGACACGAUUGAGAGCCGGCUGCUCGACGAACUCGCCGCCCUCGAGUCAGCCAACAUCCACGCGUUCCUCGAGUCGGAUGACCGCAUCGACCAAGUGCUCGCCCACAUCGGCGAAGCACUACAGGAGCUCGACGACAUCGACAUGCACCUCAACGGCUACCGCCUGCAUCUCAACGCGGUCACCGAUGACAUUGCAUACAUCGAGGGCCAGAACCGCGGUUUGCAGGUCCAGACGUCGAACCAGCGCGCCCUGCUCGAGGAGAUCCAGCAGCUGAUUCAGAUCACCGACGUGCCCAGGGAAGACUUGCAGAAACUGUCGCAGGUCAGCCCGUCGACCACGCGCGGUGUCAAGGAGCUCGAGCUGGCAGCCGCAUCACUGUACAAGGCGAUCCAGGCCAGCCGCGACCAGGCAAACGAGGUCGCUGCUACGGCGACACAUGCGCGCGAGUACCAGGCCGCCAGCACGCAGUUCGCGACGCGUAUCCUCGAAUACCUCGACAUUGCGUUCAAGCACCAGUCGGCUACGACACUGGGAGAUUACAAGAAGAACGCGGCCGCGGCGCUCAAGCUCGUGCCGCACACGGCAUUGGGCGAGUCGCUCAUGGGGUACGAGGGCCUGGUGCUCUUCGUCAAGGACAUGGACGAGGACAAGUACAAGAAGUUGUGUUUGAACUACAUCACAACAGCCAGCGAGCUGCACCAGGACGAGAUGAAGACCUUGCUGUUAAACCUCAUCAAGGCGCUCAACAGCACCAAGUCGGCCACCAACCCCGACGUCUCCUUCAGCCGCGCAGCCGCGGCAGUACCAAAGCCAACAACCAUUGGCGGUGCCGUUGUGCGCUCCAAGACAAUGAGGCGGCCCAAUGACGCGCCAUCAAGGGAGCAGGGCAGAAAGGCCGACGAGGCGACUCGCAAGGUUUCAGAGCUCUACAAACAGGGCAUGGGUGAGGUCGUCAACCAGGUGGUCACAGAAGACGACUUCAUCAACACCUUCCUCCACCUCGCCGACACCGAGUCCACCUUUGCAGACUACAUGGAGCUCGACGUCUACUUCCGCCGCCAGGCGGCCCGGCACGCAGCACACGGCAUGAGCCCCGGCCUGGUGCAGGUGACCCGCUCGCGUAUGGACCUGCUGUUCGGCUUUGUCGAUGGCGAGUUCAAGAACUGGGUCGACGCCGCCGUCCAAAAGAACCCAGUCGCAAUCGUCGGCGUCAUCGCCAUUACCGAGUCGUUGGCUCAGGAAGCCGAGCGGGUCGGGACAUCUCUCUUCUUGCUCCAGUUGUUCGACAAGCAGCUCGGUCGCCAACGCCAGUCGUUUGAUCAGUUUGUUUCCGAACAAGUCAAGACCAUCGAUUCGUCAAAAUCCACCAUUCGCCGCCGCCAAGGUGUCUUCUACUUUGUCAAGCAUUUCCCCAUUUUCGUUGAGCGGAUUGAAUCCCAGCUCGAUGGCUGUGAGGGCCUUCCGAUUCGAGACCGGGUCAAUGGUGCCUACGAAAGGGUGGUCGCGGCGGUCCUGGGAUCACUCCAGCAUGUCUCCAAGAUUGUCGGCGCUGAAAUGGCGUCGGGCGAGGAGAAGGGCCAGCUGUACUUCCAUGUGGUCAUGAUCGAAAACCUACACUUGUUUGUGGACGAAGUGUCGGCGCUCGACGUCCAGGCCCUGGGUAUUUUCUUGCAACGCGCCAAGGGCCUUUACGAGGAGAAUAUGAAGGCGUACAUCAAGCUGAUGCUGCGACGUGGAUUUGCUCGUCUCAUUGACUUUUUCGACACUGUGGAACGUCUGCUCAAGACGACUCCAGCCAACGAGGUGUCGGUCCACGACGGCUGCUCGAAGAGCGCUCUUAAAAAGGUGCUCAAGGAGACUACGGCCAAGGAUAUGCGCAAGGCCGUCGAGACGAUGGCGCGACGAGUAGACAAGCACUUCAACGAGGAGGAAACGGCAAGUGGAGUUGGCGCUGUUGUUUCUGGAGGAGGUAGCAGUGGUGCUGCCCCCUCUGACCCAGCGACUGCUGCCCUGAUUGCGGCCGUGUGGCGGGACCUGUCAGCCGCGUUGCGACGUGAGAUUGAACGCGCCACGGCCAUCAUGGGAAAGAGCUACGCCGACUCUGGUUUGUCGCUCGAGUACACUGCCCAAGAAGUCGAUUCUGCGUGCCGGAGGGCAAAACACUAGUUGUAGAUUGUUGAUAGACCCCUGUCAUUUCUCCCUGUUUAUGUAUGCCCUAAAUGCGAUCA